AUGCGUAAGCGGGCGCUGCUUAGAUUGGAACUUACCUACCUACCGGCAGAACCCGUACCCCGUAGCCUCUGGCUGGCUUUGCUUGCGUGCCGUGCAUUCCAUCCGAAUGAUUCCGAAGCGGCGCGACGUUGCCCGAACGUCGCUCUAAAAUCGGCCGACUUCACACCGGUGCGUGCGCGAGCGCGGCUUGAACGUCUCGAUCUCCGCCGAUUUGUCUACAAAAGUUAUCUGUCAACAAACCUCUCCGCGUUAGAAAUAGACUGCCGACCUUUCGAG